AUGGAUAGAGCGGCGAGGUGCAGCCAACCCGCCACACGCAACGUUGGUGAUCCUGCCAAAGGCUGCUGCGUCAGAAUCAGAGUUGGCUAUCCAAGACAGGGCGCAGGAACAAGCGUCCGAGAAGGGCCGCAAAAGAGUCAAAACGAGGGCAGCAGCGCGCCCACUGCGGGACAGAAGAGAGCAUCCACGAGGCAAAGCAGACUGCAGAUGAUGAUGACUUCCCCUCGCAUAUCUGAGCACGGACAGAUGCCUCCCAUAAACUUUGCCUACCGCGCCGGAUCGGCAGAGAACAUGUCGAAUGGGCGCUUGCUCAUGCAGAAAGUCUGGAGCGAAACGUUUCCAACUGACAGGCGGGCAGCCAACCAUUCCAUCGGACAAGCUCUCCUACCAACCAACGAGAUGUCUACCGCAUGCCUGUACCCGUCCACGCCCUGGCUACCACUGUGCUUGACUGGAGGCUUGCGCAGAACAGAGCCGGGAGCGAGCGCAGAGGCCUCCAAAAGGUACCCCUCAACACGAACUAAUAGAGGUGGGGUGUGCGCAGCUGCAAUGUACAAGAAGCAUCAGCAACUGAAUACGCGUGCGCGCCGCCGGCCAGUCCGUGUUAUGCUCGGGCCCCAUCUUCUACUGUACAAAACUCUUGGGUCACGCACACCACACAUACACACCCCCCACAUCAUACGUGCCUCGAUGGAAUAUCGGGCGAGACGAUUUACCCUUCCCACAAAUACGGUGUGCUUCAGAGGUGACCACUCAUCGCCAGCGAACAAACCCGGCCAAGGCACCGGUACCCGGCCACCGCCAAGCCACAAAGACGGUGAAGGUCGUUGGAGGAGGGAGUGUCAGAUUAUUGCGUCUCGCCCAGUCUUCUACCAAGGCCUGCUGAGGUUUCAGGUCCCGAGUCAAAAGCUAGUCGAGGCUGCGCAUAAGAAGGGGAUACGAAAAAGCGUUCCCGGCAAGCACGCCUGCCUCUCCUUAUUCAUGAUCCUUGACAGCUUGAGUCGGUAUCCACCGAACGUUUAUGUGGUUGGAUCGCUUGCUCCUGUCGAGUUCGAAAACCCCAUGCCUUGCAGGAAGUACAUGCGAGCGCGUGCGUGCCACUCCAGAUCUCAGGUACCACAAUAG